AUGGCUACUACAACCAUGAAAGUUGAAAUCAUUCACAAAGAAACAUUAAAACCAUCUUCUUCAACUCCAUACAACCUUAAAAAUUUCAAACUCUGUCUCAUCGAUCAGCUUGCUCCAACUAUGUACAUCCCACUGAUUCUCUUCUAUCCCCAUGUUAAUAAUGGAGUCGAUGAAGUAGAGAAAAAAACCCAGCUUCUCAAAACAACACUCUCAGAAACCCUAACUCUCUUCUACCCUCUAGCAGGAAGAAUCAAAACCCACGACUCCAUCGUCUGCAACAACGAGGGAGUCGAGUUCUUCAAGGCUCAAGCAAACUUUCCACUGUCGAAAAUCCUUGAAAAACCAAAUACAUAUUUCCUCAGAAAAUUCCUCCCUGCCGAGCCAGAAUCUAUACAGGCAAGAACAGGUACUCUUCUCCUUGUCCAAGUGACCUUUUUCCAGUGCGGUGGGAUGGCAAUCGGUAUAAGCUCUUCGCAUAAGAUCGUCGACGCGUGGACGCUGAGUGCAUUCCUCAAGAGCUGGACAUCAAUGGCGGUUUUUGGAUCCGAACACGCUUUGGUUCCGGAAUUCAAUGCUGCAGAACUUCUUCCACAUCUGAUGACAUUCAACCGCUGGAAAAGAUUCCAGGAAAGUGCAGGACGAGCAGCCGUUUCAUCGAUCAUUUGGAAAUCUGUUGCAAAAGCAUCGAGAUCGAACAAGGGUUUUAUGAAAACCUCUGUGUUCGCUCAGACAGUCAACAUAAGAGCAAGAACUUCGCCUCCAUUGUCGGAAAACUUAGCCGGGAAUUUCUUCGGAAUCAGCCCGGAAAAGUUGGAUGAGAAUGAAAAUGGUGAUGAUCUUAAAGUCUUGGUUGCUAAGCUGAGGAAAGCGUUAGAAGAAGUGAAAGAGUUUUUUGGUAAAAAAGGACUUGAUGUUGAAGGGGUGAAGCAAGCAAUGCUUAAGGGUGGAUAG